AUGCUGGAUGGCCAUCUAUUCUCCGAGGGGCCCGACAGCCCCCGGGAGCUCCAGGAUGAGGAGUCUGGAAGCUGCCUCUGGGUGCAGAAAUCCAAGCUGCUGGUGAUCCAAGUGAAGACUAUUUCCUGUCAUUAUAGUCGCAGCGCCCCUCCUCGACAGCCCAUGGACUUCCAGGCCAGCCACUGGGUCCGCGGGCCCCAGAGCCGCACGUGUGGGCCACGCCCGGGAUCCCCUGAGCCGCCCCCCCGCCGUCCCUGGGCCUCCAGGGUGCUGCAGGAGGCGACUAACUGGCGGGCGGGGCCCCCAGCCGAGGCCCGAGUCCGGGAGCAAGAGAAAAGGAAAGCGGCAUCGCAGGAGCGGGAGGCCAAGGAGACCGAGAGAAAAAGGCGCAAGGCUGGUGGGGCCCGAAGGAGCUCCCCGGGUCGGCCUCGCCCGGAGCCUCGGAACGCCCCCAGGGUGGCACAGCCUGCAGGGCUCCCAGCUCCGUGUAGGCCCGAACACAUGGGACUUUUGGGGCGACCGCCCCGUCCAUCGGCGCAGCCGCAGAGCGACCCGCGGGUGGCUUGGGUGGGGCCCUGGGGAGGUCGCAGGCCAGGGCCCCCCAGCUACGAGGCUCACCUGCUGCUGAGAGGCGCUGCCGGGACGGCGCCACGACGCCGCUGGGACCGGCCGCCACCCUAUGUGGCUCCACCUUCUUAUGAAGGCCCCCACAGGACUUUGGGGACUAAAAGAGGCCCCGAGCCCUCCCAGACGCCUGCCACAUCGGCCCCUGCUCCGACUCCAGCCAGGACAGAGGGAGGGUGCACCAAGAAGAGGCUGGAUCCUCGGAUCUACCGGGACGUCCUCGGGGCUUGGGGUCUCCGUCAGGGGCGGGGUCUCUUGGGGGGCUCCCCAGGCUGUGGAACAGCCAGGUCAAGGCUGGAGCCCCGCAACGCGGCCGCGGCCGUGGAGAAAAGCCUGGGGCUGGCUGCUUCUGGCCUGAACAGUGGUAGCGACGGCCACCCCCAAGCCGAUGCUACUGGGAGCCCAGGCAAGGCGACAGCUCCUACGGGGUCUGCAAAUGCGGCUCCGAGCCCCCCGCGUCCCGCUCCCAGGUCCAGGCCCCGGCCCCAUCUCAAGGCCUCCGGAGGAGGGAAAGAAGGUAGAGAGCAGAGCUGGCUCCCCAAAGGCUGGAUUCCCUCCCUUAAAAAGCAGCCGCCCCGACAUAGCCAGACCCUCCCCAGACCCUGGGCUCCAGGAGGCACGGGAUGGAGGAAGUCCCUGGGUCUUACGGAGGGGGCCGGACACGAAAUCUCAGAGGGUUGGAAGGCAACCCGCCGCGCCCACACCCUGCCCCGAAUUUCCCGCGGCACCGCUGCUGGAGAAGGUGUCUUUGUCAUUGACGCCACGUGCGUGGUGAUAAGGUCCCAGUAUGUCCCCACCCCUCGAACCCAGCAUGUGCAGCUUUUGCCCGCUGGGGCGCCACGCAUCGUGGGGGAUGCGUCCAGCCAACCGAAGUCCAACAGGAAGGAGGGCGAGGGGACCGCGGUCUUUCCCUCCCCUUGCCAGAAGCUGCUGUCGAGCAGUCGCCUUUCACACCAGCCCUAUGGGGGGCGCGGGCUUGAAGCUGAGGGCGGGAAGCCCGUGGACUCCUCAUUGGAGGAGCGCGCCUCCCGCAUCUUGGGGCUCCCGGUGGGUGAAGUAAACCUUCAGGACGCUCCCACGCAGCCAGGUAGCCCACAGCGCCCAGCCUUAGGCCCAGCGACUUCGGGAGGCGCGAACAGUGCCGAGAGCUCGGGGGAAGUGGCGGCGGUCCCGCGGCAUGCGGGCCGGGGCUGGGCGCGGACCCCGGGGCCCUACGCCGGGGCCCUGCGGGAAGCCGUGUCCCGCAUCCGCCGCCACACCGCCCCAGACUCGGACUCAGAUGAAGCUGCGGAGCUCAGCGCCCACAGCAGCUCUUCUGAUGGAAGCGACACAGAAGCCUCGGGCGCCUCCUGGCGGAAAGAGCGGGCCGGGCCCCGGGAAGGCCGGAAGACGGCACAGCUGGGCGACGGUAUCCGAGAGAUUCUGGAUGUCAUCAGCCGAACCGAGGAGGUCCUCUUUGGGGAGAGGGACGCUAAGAGGACCCCACAGGGAAAUAGGGAGAGGCAGUAA